GGCAUUACUACAAUGCCGGAAAUCAGCAAGAGUACCACCUGUGUUAUAUGACUUGCAUCCAAAGAUCAUUCGCGCCCAUUCAGCUCGAACAAAACAUCACCACGGAUGCGCGGGAAUUCUUCCAGUCCACAGCACAGGAGGAACACGCGCAGCGCCAGUGUUGCCUUUCUCAUUCUCUUGAUUCGCACGGACUAUAACGACGAUGCAUUCGAUCUAUGAUGGUUGCUUCGUCUGGGCGAACCCAUUUUAUUGGAAUCCGACACAAGUCCUUGCUGUCAUUCUCAUUCUCAUCGUUGCCAAAAUAGUAACGGAGCACUUUCUUUCACCGCUCCACAAUAUUCAUGGGCCAUUCUCGGCCAAGUAUUCAGCAAUAUGGUUGGCAAAGCAGUGUCGAAAAACACGGCGAUCAGCUGCUGUCAUGGAACAACACAAAAUACAUGGCGACUUUGUCCGCAUUGCGCCCAGCCACGUUUCAAUCAACAACCCUGAAGCCGUCAACGUCAUCUACGGCCACAAAUCCGGUUUUGUGAAGAGUGUUUUCUACGAUGCAUUCCUUCAGGUCACACCAGUCGUUUUCAACGUCAGAGAUGUAGAUGAACACCAACGGAAGAGAAAAUACCUGAAUCCCGCAUUUUCCGCACGGGCGCUUUCUGAUUUCGAGCCGUACAUGGACGCUGAGUUGCUGGCAUGGAAGACGAGGCUCUUGGGAAUGGUGAAGGGAGACCGUGCCGUGAUAGACUUUGUCACUUGGACCAACUAUCUUGCUUUUGACAUCAUAGGUCGUUUUGCCUUUGGUUCUUCAUUUGGAUUUAUCGAAAAAGGAGAAGACCCAUACAAUCUCAUUGCCACGAUUGAUAGACGAGGAGAGGUUUUCAAUGCUCUGGGCUCACUUCCAUCCUACAUUCGUCCGUUGAUGAAGUACAACUUUCUUGAUUCCUUCUGGAGCGCUGGUCUGCGCGCAAGAGCCAAUCUGGAAAGCAUUGGCCGAGCAGCAUACCAGCGACGAAAAGACAAUAAGAAUCCUGAAAAGGAUCUUUUGUCCUAUCUUUUCCAAGCCAAGGAUGUUAAUGGAGCAAUUCAGGAGCAAGAGAUGAUUGCUGAGUCGAUCAGCUUCAUUGUCGGAGGAAGCGACACGACUAGCAGCACAAUAACGAACUUUAUAGAUAUCGUAUCGCGAGACCCUGCUAUCCAGAAGAGGCUACAGGCUGAACUGGAUGAGGCUUUUCCCGGAAUGCAACACGACGACUGGGUAGCUCCCGAUAAAGUUGUCCAAAAUCUUCCAUUGCUAGUUGCCACACUCCGUGAGGUCAUGCGAAUCCGGCCAACCAGCGCAACAGGACUCGAGAGAGUUGUCCCUGAGGGCGGAAAGACUAUUGCUGGUGUUUAUUUCCCUGCAGGUGUAAGUGUGCCCGCCAAACCCAAGGUUUUCAUGCUAACUAGAUCUGUCGGACCAACCGACCGACCAACCACCAACUUCGAGUUUUCUGGAAACCGCUAG